UAUUAUUAUAUUAGAUAUUGCAAUUUAAAUAUAUUUUCAUAAUAUUUGUAUACUAUGAUAAGUGAUAUCACUAUAUUUCAGAAUUUAACAAUAUUUUUUUUGAUUUGACAAUAAAUGAUAAAAUUGUUCGUAAAAACAUAUUAGACAUACGACAUACCUAAUAAAUCUACUGCAGGUAUUCGUUUUUAACUUUGCUUAUAUUAAUGAUAAUUGUAGCUACUUAGAAUCCCAAAUUGUCACUGGUGCGCCAUAACAAUGCCUGAGAAUUACGGCUGUGAUCAUUGUGAAAAAACAUUCACGAAUCGUCGACACUAUGAUCUACACGUUGACGGUCAUCUGCGCAACAUUUGUCGUGUAUGUGGAUCAUCAUGCAACAGCCGCAAGAUGUUGGUCGCCCACAUGUCAACAGUCCAUGGAUCCAAAUUGGAACCAAUUGUGUUGAAUUGUAAGUACUGUAUGAAAACGUUUGUUCAAAAACGUUCGUUGCACCUGCAUUACAAGACCGUGCAUAAAAACACGGGUACUAUAUGUCUCGAUUGCGGACAGCCGUUUGACAGCAAACAAGAACUUGCUGAUCAUGUAAAAACAAUUAAGCACGGUGAUGGUUUCAUAUGCCACAAGUGUGGGGAAGUGUUCACACGAAAUCAACAAUACAAAUUACAUUUACAAAGGCACGAUGCAUACUGUUGUUUCAAUUGCAAUGCACAAUUUGCAAAUUCUAAAAAGUUGAACAAACAUUUAAAGUUAUGCGUUUCAAUACCAUCAAGUGACAACUAUUCGAAAAAUAAACAAUUAACUACAGGUGUUGUAUAUGAAUGCAUUGAGUGUAAAAAGUCAUUUGAGAAGAAAAAAUAUUAUAAGCGCCAUAUGAAAACUGUAGUUCACUCUGGUAAUAAAAUCGAUAAUCCAUUUUAUUGUGCUCAUUGUCCAAAGAUAUUUUAUUAUAAAUUUAAUUUAUCAUCACACAUGAAACAAGUACAUUUUAAACAACACAAUAAUUAUAUUUGUAACUUGUGUGGACGGAGUUUUCAGUAUGGAAACAAUUAUAAAAGGCACAAAGAUUCUCACAUGCAAGUUAGAAACUAUGUUUGUGAACAUUGUGGUGCAUGUUUUUAUCGCAAACACGCCUUGCAAGAUCACCAAAUUGCUAUACAUAAUGAAGAAAAGAAUUUUGUUUGCAAUGUAUGUGGUGAUAAUUUUAAAUUAAAGUCAAUAUUAAUAAGGCACAUGGAAAAUCAUUCUGAAACCAAAAAAUAUGUGUGCCAUUGUAAACGUAUAUUUAAAUUUGCAUCCAAUUUACGACGUCACCAAGUCAACAUUCACAAUCAAGUGUAUACUAAAUCUAUAAAAGUAAAACGCUUUGUGGAAGAUAAUAGCCGUUCGUCUCCAUUGGAGGUCAUGAAUGAAGAAAAAGAAAUACAAAGAUUAAAACAAAAAAAUAUCAACCAUCUUCGAUUAGAAGACACUGUUUCAUAUUCAUUGAUGGCGUAUUCUGAUAACUUAGAUUUAAGUAGUGUUGAUAUAGCAGAAAGUGUACUUCAAGUAGCUUCAGCAUCAAAUUACAAGAUAGAAUGUGAAGAAAAUUCAUGUUUUCCUGGAAUUCAUCCUCCUAUUGAAACAUCUCUAGUGUGCAGCUUAAAUGAUGGUGUAGAUUUAUCUCCUAAUUCUUCACAGCAAUAUUUAUCUGAUUAUGUUGUUCCACAUCAGUUUCCAUUUCUGAAUAUCUGAAGUAUUUCAAUGUUACAAAAUUGUAUUUAGGGAUGUUUAUUAAUGAUAAAAACAAAUUUUUUUAUGACACAAAAAAACUAUUGGACAAAAUAUUACGAAUAUUAGGGUGUUAAACUCAGAUUUACUUUCUACUUUCUAGUCUACUUGACUUCUUGUGCAUUUUUGGUUCAAUAUGAAAAAUAUUUUUAUUUGGGCAUUAUCAAAAUUAAAUAAAACAGAGAUUUUUUGUUGAACGAACUAGGUCUGGGGUAGCAAACCUUUUCCUGGUCAAUGCCCACAUUUCCAUUCAAAGUUUGAUACAAAAAUUAAACAUACCAAUAAUAUGUUCAUAACUAUUUAUAAACAAUUUUUAAUAUUAGCAUGUAUUUUGUUAGUUUCUAAUAGUUUAAUGAAACACUGAAUUAUUUAGAAUUCCUAUGUUUUGAUUGAAAGUGGCUAUUUCAGGGACCAAUGAAUACCUACCACUUUUCACGUCCUAUGCUGUGAUUAGUCCAAAUAUUGAUAAUGAUAAACAUAUACUUGAUUACUGCCUUAAUUCAAUUUUAAAACAAAUUAUUAUUUAUUACAUAUAUAUCUUAGAUGUGUAGCCAUUAGCCACUUCCAUUUUGAUUUGAUCGCAUUCUAGAACGUUCAAAAUUGUUUGUUAACUUAAUUAUUAAGUACAUUUGAAUGUGCCACUUUCUUCAAAAUAUAAAAUAUUAUGUUGUAGGUAGGUAAUUGGUUAAUCAAUAAAUUGUUUAGAACAAUUUUUUUUCUUUUAAAUUCAAAAGUGAAUGAUAAAAAAAAUAACUUGGCUUGCCAUUAAAAUUGGCCAACAAACAAAAUGUAUAUAUUAUAUACUUACAUGGUCGUUAUGGCUUUAAUUCAUACAUUAGAUAUUGGAUAAUAAAUGAAAGAUAUAUAUUCAUAAGGUAUCUGGUUGGUGUUGAACAGUCUUCUAGGAAGAUGUCUUGUAGCUUAAGGUUUUUGCCUAAAAUUGUAUGUUAUUUCAUUAAAUGUUGAAAUGGAAAGUGUCUUCAGUUUUCUCUUGAUUAUUGUGAAAGUUUUUGAGUAUAAAGUUAAGCAUAUAAUGGAAUACAAAUAUUAGCGAGCAAAAAUUUUUUUACAUUUGAAGAAUUUACAAAAUGUAGUGGUUAAUUAUUUUGUUGCUCCAGAAUGACUAGUGAUGUCCAUAUUUCCUUCUUUCUUCAACUUUUAAGAUUAAUUAUAAAAUUCACAAUAAGACUUCAUAAAAAACAAACAUAAUUCUGGUUUUCAUACAUCAUCAAAACCCUUAAAUAUUUUGUAGUACUUAUUGUUCUGCUAAGAAAUUUCAGAAAUAAAGGCUAUUAAAAAAAAAAAUAGCAAAAGAAAAGUAAUUUUUUUAAAACCAACUAUGAUUUGUUUAGAAUCUAAAAUUCUAUAAGAAUAAAAUAUAUUUUUUUUGGAAAUAUAAAAUGGCAUAUAGUAAACUAUAAUAAUAUAAGUAUAGGCACAAAUAAAGACUUCAAAUAUCGUUUAACACCCUAUAAAAUGAGACAUAUUAUUGUAUUGGAUUAGUGAAUUGGGUUAGAUUUUAAAAUAAAAUGUUAGUAAACUGAUAAACAAGGUUCUUUUAACACAAAUGUAUAUUUUAAUGUAUUAUUUUGUUUCAUAUAAAAAGAACUUUAUUUUAUAAAAAUCUAUAUUUUUU